AUGGAUUCAUAUCAUCAAGAAAAAUUACACCAUACACCAUGGAUUGAAAAAUAUAGACCAAAAAAUUUAUCGGAUGUGUCAUCUCAAGAUCAAUCAAUUGCAAUAUUAAAACAAACUAUAAAAUCAGGUAAUUUACCACAUAUGUUAUUUUAUGGACCACCAGGUACAGGAAAAACAAGUACAAUUCUCGCAUUAGCUAAAGAAUUAUUUGGACCAAAUUUAUAUAAAUCUAGAGUUCUUGAACUUAAUGCAUCUGAUGAAAGAGGGAUUUCUAUUGUUCGUGAAAAAAUUAAGAAUUUUGCAAGAUUACAAAUUUCAAAUCCAACUGUUCAAGAUUUAGAGUCUUAUCCUUGUCCUCCAUUCAAGAUAAUCAUUCUUGAUGAAGCUGAUUCAAUGACGAACGAUGCUCAGAGUGCUUUGCGUCGAAUUAUUGAAAAUUAUUCAAAUAUCACCCGUUUUGUUCUUAUUUGUAAUUACAUAACUAGGAUAAUUGAUCCCCUAGCUUCAAGAUGUUCAAAAUUUAGAUUUAAAUUAUUAAAUUCAGAAAAUUCAUUAAAUAGAUUAAGAUAUAUAUCUGAUGUUGAGAAUUUGAAUAUUGAAGAGGAUGUAUUGAUGAAAAUUUUAUCUAUUUCUCAAGGUGAUUUAAGAAAAGCAAUUACUUAUUUACAAUCCUCAUCUAAAUUGUCUAAUAUGAAUGAUGACGAUGAUAAAAUUACAAUUGAAAAAAUUGAAGAAAUUGCGGGUGUGUUGCCUGAUAAGACAAUAGAUGGAUUAGUUGACUUAAUUAUGAAGAAAAGAGUGAAUGAUAUUGUGGGUUUUAUAAAUGACUUGGUUUUGGAAGGGUGGUCUAUUCAACAAUUGAUAGAUCAAUUACAUGAUAAUUUAUUAUUGGAUGAUAAAGUUGACACUCGGUUUAAGAAUCAAAUUUCUUUAUUGUUGUUGGAUUGUGAUAAAAAGUUGAAUAAUGGGACUGAUGAACAUAUUCAAUUGUUGAAUUUGGUUUUACAAAUUCUGAAGAUUGUGUAA